AUGUUACAAGUUUCGCUCAUUUCGAAGCGAUUGAAGACAUUCAUGUUCCAGUCCGAGGUAGACUCAACAGAUGCCAACGGGUACGGUUGGAUUUCCACUCGUAGCAGGUUCCGGUCUCGAGAUGUCAUUAGCAAGAAAAAGCGUGAUGUUUAUGUGAGAUUGAUGUGCCACACCUCCAGACAGAACACUCUUCAAGCCGGUUGCUUGUAUUCUCUCGCGGGAAGCUUCAUUCCAAGGAACAAUGGGACAGAAACGAGAGUUUUUUACUUUCACGAGAGUGUUACCAAGAUAGGGCUAGUAUGCAAGAUUCGCAUCAAACUUCGCAACAAAGCCGUAUUCGCCGGGCCUGGCCAUAUCAUCAGUCAAAAAAGAAUUGUUGAUCCCCAACAAAAAGGGGUGGAUUGGCUUGAGGCAACUGUCGAGCACAACGGCUGGGACUAUGAGAAGGGGGAAAAUGUUCCCUUUUUAGUCAAAUAUCUUGUCUCAUCGCAGCCAAACUUCGUGAAGAGCCGCGUGCUAUACCGGGAUGGACGAGAGGUUGACGUCUGCGGAAGGCUCGUAGGUUGGGAUAAGAGCAAUAAGGUGGCGGUUGUGCUUGUUGACCGUAUCAGUGUGACAGCGGGCCACAUGUCCUAUGAGGCUGUAACAGCUUCAAUACGUCGCCACGGCUAUAAUCCAAACGACUAUCCAUGUAGUGACGCAGACGAGGCAGACAGUAUUGGAACGGGUGAAGAAGAGGCUGAGGAUCAUGAUCCGCCAUCUGUCCCGGAUGAUGAAUGCUUCAAUGUCGAUUCCAAAAGUUUUAUGGUUGACAACAGGCAAUCCGAUCGGCCGGUCCGAAGAUCAAAAAGAUUGAUGGCACACUGCAAACAACAAAGUUCUGAACGCGUAGAAAACAAACCAGAUAUUUCCAUUAUUAGUACUGCCACUGCGAGUAUACAAGGUCAUGUCUUCAAGAAGCGCAAAUCUUCUACCUAG